UAAAGCAUGUUAAUUAAUCCCUGCUGGUUUGAUAUGACCCGUAUUGAUACCUGAUAUUUAGGUCAGAUAUCCGAUCGGAUGGAUGCAUUCUCCUAUCUGAUAACGCGUACGAUUUUCACUAGCUCGCAGAUGAUUCGGUAGUUCCAAGUAUAUAAUUUCUUCGUUCUUUAUCAACAUAACAUGCGUGGUAGCCCAUAGAAGCCGUUAACCCGUACGCAGUGCUCACGCAUCUAUUACAGCGACAUUAUUGUUCAGUAGCGAACACCGUCAGCAUCGUUUGCGCAUACUUACUACGGAGGCUUUUCUGUAUUGUAAUAUGUGUUAACAGUGGGUUGAUGUUACAUUCCACGGAUGAUAAAUCGUAAUACGUUAGAGGAAUAUUAUUUUAUUACAAGAAUUAGUUUCCAGAGUGAAUAAUGGAGCUAAAUAACGGCAUCACGAAAGAUGCCGAGAAUGAACCGGCAGCUAACGAACCUUUGUUCGACAAAGCCAAUACAAGCACUAUGCAAGACUACGAGGAAAAGGCGAACCAAAGCAAAUCAAAGUGUGAAGUGUGCAUCUGUACAAAAAAGAGGCGGUUAAUUAUCACAAUAAUCCUAGUGAUGCUAUUUAUUUAUGCCGUCGGUCUGGCGAUCGGUUUAGCCGUAGGGCUGUCAGGUGGCGAGAAAAAGCUCGAGAAAAACGAUACGAUAGAGGAUAAGAUUCCAACAGGGGCAGUAGUGUCCGACCAUGAGGCGUGCUCGGAUAUAGGCAGGGAUAUUCUUGAGCGCCAAGGCACAGCGGUAGAUGCAGCAAUCGCAACUUUGAUCUGCAACGGGGUUCGUACACCGCACAGUAUGGGCAUCGGUGGAGGUAUGUUUAUGGUGAUAUAUGACAAAUCAGCCAAGAAAUCCAUAUACAUAGACGGCCGGGAGAUGGCACCGCACUCCAUUACACAACAUAUUUACUCCAAUCUCACCAAGCAUAAUGUCAGAGCCCACAUGAUAGCGAUCCCGGGCGAGCUUAAGGCGUACAAAUACGCCCAUGGAGAAUAUGGACGCCUACCUUGGGCGGAGCUAUUCAAGCCAACCAUUCAAAUGCUGAGAGACGGGUUUCCGUUGUCCGAGUCCACGGGAAAUACUCUGGCGUUCAUCACGGACAGGAUGAAAUUGAAGCUGACGAGCUUUCCGACGAUAUGCAACAUAUUCUGCUCGGACAAAGCUGCCGGUACGCCACUGAAGGCGGGUGAGACGCUACAUUGGCCCCACCUAGCGGACACCUUACAGGGCAUCGCCGAUCAAGGGCCUGAUUACAUCUACGACAGUAAACUCACACAAACACUCGUGGACGAGAUUCAGGACGCUGGCGGCGUCCUAGAUCUGCAGGAUUUCAUCCUCAACUAUAAGUUGCACAGUGGAAGCCCACUGGAGGUGGGGCUGGGUAACUACACCAUGUAUACCAUGCCAGGGGCCACGGGCGGACCCAUGGUGGCGCUUAUGAUGAACAUUUUAAAACAUGAUCCGUGGUCGACGUUGGACAUGGGGAACCUCACGGACAAAAGCAUUGUUUACCACGCCCUUAUCGAGGCCAUGAAGUUUGCAAGUGCCGACAAGUAUUUUCUAGAAGACCCAACAUUCAACGACCAGGUUAACGAGACAAUCGCCAAGAUGGUGUCGGAGGAGUAUGCGGGUAUUCUACGUCAUAAGAUCAGAGACAAGGCCCAGCCCAGCUCGUUCUACACGAAAGCGGUACGGGACUACACCGAUAUUGGUGGCACGUCGCAUGUGUCAGUACUUUCACCGUACGGUGAUGCCGUGUCCGUGACGUCAACGAUCAACGGGUACUUCGGGUCAGGGUUUGCAUCCAAUUCCACUGGGAUAAUAUGGAACAACGAAAUGCAGGACUUUGACACCCUUGGAAACGCCACAUUCAACCGCAUUGAGCCGCUUAAACGUCCCCGUUCUGCCAUGGCCCCGGUCAUACUGGUGGACAGACAGGGGAACGUAAGGCUGGUGACCGGAGCUGCCGGGGGAGGACGAAUCCCCAGCGCGAUUGCUCAGGUGCUCACCAACAUGUUCCUGCUGGGGACAUCCCUGGAGGAAGCGGUGAGCCAAGAUCGUGUACACGCGGAUGUGGGGAAGAAUACUGUCGAUAUUGAGAAGACCAUGCCCGAGGACCUCGUCGAAAAACUGCAAGAAAUGGGACAUAACGUCGUACCAAACGACGGUAUCGUUUUCUCGGUGGUUGAGUCGAUAGAAGUGAUGGGAAACGGGUCUAUAAAAGGUUACGCAGAUCCCCGAAAACAGCCUGGGAAAGCGAGCUAUGUGUACAAGACUGUGAAAAAGGGGAUGAAAUCGUGAUACCAUCAUUACUGUUGUUAAGUUAUCAGUAAAUAAGUACUGCUAUUAGCUCGCAUGAAACCAGUGUUACAACAUUGAUCAACACCAAAGAAGGUCCAUUUGACCAGAUUUAAAAGCAGCUUGUGUCGCAUGUUCACAUAUAUACAACUGCGAUCCAGAAAGUUGUCUUUUGUACACUGAAAACAUGCUUUCAGAGUUUUAAAUGAAAAAGUUCAAAUCAACGCAUUUCUAAAUUGUAGAACAACUGUGGUUUAGCGAGACAUAAUGUAACGUUUGGUUAUAAUCCCGACGCUGGUCACAUACUAUCAUACAGUAUCCAGCAGUAUACAUAUGCUUUAUAAUCAAGUAUAUCUGUAUAAGUUCUGAAUGGCACAAACCAAUGGAAGGCCACAUAGUCACGUGUUUUUGUUGUUGUUGUUUUGCUAAAAGAAAAUAUAUAUGAUUAUAAUUUUUUUAGUUAAGCUAUAUUUGUAUCCGAUUGUAUUUGUAUUAAUAUUUACUUAUGGAUCCAUUAUUGAAAACGAACAGUAUUAAAAGAACCGGGAAAGCACGUUGAGACCAGUAGUUAAGCGUGGUGAGAAUGAAUGUAUACAUGGACAUUAAGUUUGGCAAUUACACCCCUGACAAAUCCAAAUGGUAGAACCAUUCAACAAGUGCUAUAGACGAUAAUAUUAUAUGGGUCAAUGAAACAUUUGGUAACGCCAAAACCUAGAACGCGUUAACGUUGCUGACUGUCGUUUGCAGUGAAAUUGUUCCGCUUCAUCAAACAAAAUGUUAUGAUAAAUAAAGCGUACUGUGUCCCUG